GAACACUGUCCAUUUAGUUAGCGUAUAUUGCGAAAUCACAUUUGUAUUGCACACAUUUCACUUGCAAGUGCUCUGAAUUACUGUUUUCUUUGCCAAAGGAAAUCUCGUUUUGAAUAAUUUGUUUUUUACUUUUUACUUCUUACAUACCAAAUACAAUCUGUAAUUUGUUGUCUUUAUUGCUCUCCCGAACUGUCACUUCAAGUAUUUAAACAUGAACAACUUUAUCAAAUCGCUAGGACGUGUCUCUCAAAUGUCAAACAUUGUAACGAAUAAUUUCGCCAGAAAAAUGUCAUCAACUACCGUUAGACAGUCACUUUGGACCAACGCUAGCCGAUUAGUCCAGUUACAAAGAAACGGCGCGCGUAACGCACACUCGUCAGUGGAGAAAGAGCUCCAUCAAUUUUUGGACAAUGAAAUCAAAACUGAAGAACAGACGUCAGAUAAAAGAGCUCUUCCCAGUACGUUCGAAGGAUUUAAAGUGUUAUUCAACGUUGCCGAAGUUGAACUUGUUAAGGAAACGCUCGAUGAUGAAACCAUAACCGUAAAAUUCAAUAUAAACCAUUCAGUACAAGAAGAAGAAAUUGAAGGUUCAGAAAAAAUUUCACUGAGGUCUAAGCCAGAUUUUGAAGUAGAUAUUAUCCGAGGAAAUGUUACGCUUGGUUUUAAUUGUUCAUACGCCAGUGGAUUUGAUGGCGCUGAACUAGAAGAAGCAAAUGACGAUGUAUUCCACAUUGAUGAAUUAACCGUGUACAAAAACAAUUUUCCCGAAAAUAAUUACGCUUUGAGUGGCGAUACGUUAGAUGCUGAUCUGUACGACUUGUUAAUGUCAUUCUUGGCCGAUAAAGGAGUUACCAGCGAAUUUGUUGAGAAACUAUCAGAUUUAAGCACACAAUAUGAACAAAGCGUCUAUAUUAAUUUCUUGAACGACUUGAAAAAAUUUUUCUAAUACCUGAAUUAUAAUUCCUAUGCCGAUUGUUAAUUGCUUAUUUUGUAAACUUAUAGUCUGAUAAAUAUUUACAUACGCACUAUUCAACUUUAUAGCCGUUUUGACUGGUUUAUGCAGAUACACUUAAAUGUAAAGUGCAAAUGCAAUUUGUUAUUUUAUUAUAUUUUAUUACAAAUGUGUAUUUAUGUUAAUAAAUCAGUUAUCAAGUAGUUUUCUUAAACACUUUUAGUAA